AGGUAGGAAACCUCGCGCACCCAUCCCCCACGAAGGAAUCGCCAUAGCCUGGCACCAAAUGCUAAGCACCCUUAUUGGGCGUUUUUGACAACAUAUCAUACAUCAUGCCACGGCAGUAGCAGCGAGGAAGAAAAGUGUGGUUUCAGAAAUGAAUUGUUACAUAGAUAUGCUAGCUCUGCUUCCUCUUGUGCAAUGAUCAUGUUCUUUCUUUUGAUCUUAUGAUUUCUUACUAACUGUCUUUGGUAGGUGAAAGAAGUGUGAAGAAUUUGUUGAUCAUUGAUUCUCUUUCUUCACGUUGUAGCACAUUAUAGUGUAAAUGCUAGACCACAUUGCAAGAACCUGCGUACUUGAAUACAGGGCUAGUUGCGGUGGUUAAUUUUGACUUUUUCCCAUACUCUCAACUCAGAAUUUUCUGAACUCGGAGGUGGUACUUACAAGUAACCAAAUGUGUAGUGUAUUCGAUGUAAGUAACUAAGUGGGUUUGCCUGUAGGCGCGCCCGCGUCUCAAAUUCGUUCAUUGUGUACAGAGAAAUUUCUAUGCCAUCACAUUCGUGAAUCUUGAAUUUUUUCAUGGCGACAAGUUAUUUCUUUGGCAUGAUUCAAGUUCAACAGUCAGUCUACUUCUUCGAUAGAAAUCUAUAUCUAGGUAGGAGUAAGAGUAAGAAAAAACUACGCAUCUAGGACUCGUAAUCGUUGUGGAGAACCGAAUGUAGUCGGAAUAGAACCUGACGAGUUUGUGAUUUAUUUGAUUGAAAGUAAGCUACUAGUAUAAGAAGAAUUCUUUCAAGUUGGUUGUAAUAUUUUUGUUUUCUAAAAAGAAAGAAAUGAGCCUAAAGUCGUGUAGUUGGCUUUUUGAUGUUUGUGUGUGAAAAAUAUAAACGAAUACCACAAGUUCAAUACGAAUCAGCCCUCUUCAAUCGAUUGCCACUCGAGUAAUAGAUAGAAGCCAAAGAUGAGUGGCAUGCUCAGUGGUUUUCUCUUCGGUGGCAACCGGGGUGCUGGAGAUGGUGCAGGGCCGAGCUCUGUCAGAGGUGAUUCUCCGGGAGGACGUACUACCGGAGCAUCAGGGUCUUCUCUCUUAUUUCGUCCUCCAGCGUUGCGGCCGCAAGUUCCGCUUCAUGGGGUAGAGAACCCCUUGGUGCAUCCAUCAUUGAAUCGCGUGAAAUUGCAGUUGAAUGGUACGGAAGCGUUCGACCACGCUGUGCUAGACGAGUCGGAAGACGACGAUCAGCAGGCGGGUUCGACUGUCUCGUCAAACGAUAAUAAGUGUGUCCCUGAAGAAGUGGAAGUAGGUGAUCCGAGGGUCAAGAAGCGCAGCAGCACUGAAGAUGCUGCAGAAGAGCAGUCCGCUGGCAGGUCGUCCUCGACAAGACGUCCUCGCCAAGAGACGGGACUAUUCGGCGCCGAGAGUGCGAGAACGAGAGAUGGAGGCGAGGAACAAAAUGCAGAUCGCGAUGUUGAGAGUUACGCAGCGUCUGGGCCCAAAGGUGAGGAUUCGAGGAAAGCUAGCGUUGCAGCAGGUGGCGCGUCCUCAAGCUGGAAGAAGAGUGUGGAGACAAUGCGGGCUGGCAGAGAACAAGUGCCGAAAACUAAUACUCAAGUUUCCGCCAGGAAAAAAGCUGCGCCUGUCGGUGUCAACACUGGCACUUCGUCAGUUCCUGGAAACGCGCCGGAGUCGCGCGGGCGAUCGCGGCCCUUGCGGUUCCUGGCAGACCGUCAAGUAGGCUGGAACCGCCCGCCCGACCGACAAUUGCCACGCGGUGUUUUAUUUCGAGAUAUCGCUGGUAUUUCGCCUCCUGACUUAAAUCCUGGAACUCGCAGGAGAAGCGAUCCCACUGUAGUCUCGAACAAUAGAGGUAGUACAGUGAGGACUUCUGGCCUCAACAAUAGUUCCUCUGCGACUGCGGCGAAUGCCACUGCAGCACGACGUAGGAGCGCGUCGCCUUUGCAGCGGAACCGCGAAGGGAUCAAGCCCGGCGGAGUUAGUCCGGCUGCGCGUCAGAAUGCUGCAUUUUCUCCUGGUCCACGCGUCCGUGCCGUUUCCGCCGAUGCAGGUGCGGCCGCGACCACGCGUCGGGUAGUUGUAGAGCCAGCCGUGUCACCCUCGUCAGGCGGUGGAGUCAACUCAGUGACACGCGGUGCUCCGGUAACUCGCGCUGCUGCUGCAGAUGGAGAAAAUACUAGUCCACCUUCGACGGCUCUUACAGUAGCCAGCUCCUCGGAGAGAAUUACCGAAACCCGAAAUCAGAUCUCACCUCCAACGCAAAGUGGGUCCAUAGAGCUCGCUGAGGACCACAAAAGUAUUAUUCGUACAUCGAAAUCGAUACAUGAUUAUAGAUAGAGGAUUUUCUUACAACGACGUUUGCGCACUUCGGUUUUUCAAUUUGUCAAGUUUGGACAACUUACUACAGGCUUUUCUUUGUUUCUUCAUCCUCAUCUCUCUUUUACGUUGCUUCAGGUUCUCCGUCAGCAGCAGUGGUUGUACCAGAACCACAAUCAGUCGUAGGGCCAGUGCUUGAUCUGGCAGUGCGGCAGUGCCCUCCACCGGAUGACGGUUCGGUUGCGACGCUGUCUCCUCGGCAUUACAGCGAUUUUGAAAUAGAGGAGCCAAGUACAACUGUUCGUAUACUUACUCAGGCAGUACAGGCGGCAAAUGUGCUGCACCAAGAGCAAAGUCCCAGUGCACGAAUCGUGCACACCACGACGGGAGCUCCAUUGUCGGUAGAUGCAGCCACUUCCUCCGUAUUAGACGAGAGCACGACGACGCUUGUCGGCCUCACAGCUCGUGGCGCUGGAUCUAUUGACGGGUUGCUUCCGUCGCCGGCAACUCCUGAAGUUGUACUGCAACGAGAAGACCAAGAAAUUGUCGUGAUCUCUUCAACAGCAGAAGCACAAGUUGCUACUACUACAGCUUCUCCCGUUCCCACUUCUAGUGACGUUCGCGAGAGCAAUUCUCCGCCGCGCACUCCGGUAGCGGUGGUCUCUUCCGUGGCUGCCUCGACACCCCCGACGAACCGCGCUCCGCGACGACUGCGCGCUUUGCACAUGUCGCGACAGUCGUUGAUCUCACCGACGAAUGCUGCCGCCGUUCCCCGCAGUACAACAGGUGCGGACGAAGGUGCACGGCCAAACUACCACUUGCGCUCUGGAGGAGACGGAGCUACUGUUAUGGGAGGAGGUGCGCGACACCGCGGGUCCUCCUCCCCAUCUUUGGUGAGCAAUGAGGCGCGCAGCAAGUCGAUCGAGGGCUCGGAAACACGAGAACCGCGGCAACACCUGAGGGCCCCUCCGAACCUGUUGUCGUUGUUGACGCCAGGCACCAUUCGACCACCCGUCCUCAACGGCAGCCGCGUGGGAGAGCAGAGGAGCAGUUCUUCGAUUCCUCGUGGUGGAAUUCGCAUUCCAAGAGCGCCUAUCCGGACAACCAAUCCCUCAAGGAUGACGCCCAUAACAGGCGGAUCUUCCACCACGUCUCUAGCUAGACCGGGCUCGGGUGGCACACUCAGCGCUGGGGGAAGCAGCUUCACCUUCUCUUCGAAUAAACUCUCGGCGCUUGCAGCGAGCCCGUCGGACGCCUCCUUCCCCACUGACGACGCGCUAGCGAUGCGCUUUGGCCUCCCCGACAACCUAGAAGCCCAUGAGCUCUACGAGGUGUACCAAAAGGCGAAGGGCAGGGUUGGGCCGGCCUUUUUCAACCACGUGCUCUGUGAUGACGCAAUCGACACGAUUUCUCAGAUGCAAAUUUGGGAGGAAACCGAGGACGGAAACGGCAAACGCCUGCCAGAGCCGGCAGAGGUACUACUAAAGAAUUAUUUGAUCACUUAAUUAUACAAUUUAUCGUUUAUUAUACUAGUUAGGUCGGCUCCACCACAAAGUAUUAUACUGAACAGUGCUUCUGUGGAAUUCAAAACUUUAUCCGAAUGGACUUGUUCUUCCCGCAUAAGUCCUAGGUUAGUCCCGUCAUGCGAUAAGUAUCUAUAUGUAGUACUAGUGUCUAGUGACGACCCUUUUAACGCAACUUGUAGGUCAAGUACUUGUGGUCGUACUGGGAAGAAGGCGCAUUUUGUCGCGGAUUUGCCAUCGAGACUGUUCAGAGGCAGCUGAAGCUUGGGCAACCUCUAAUACAUCCGGUCUCGAAGAAGGAGAUGCCCCCUGUCGCAGUUCAAGGCGCAAAAGACCUGAUUCAAGUCCUGCUAGACCUUUCCGAACUUGACCUUUUGGAAGAGAAGGCACCGACCGAUUAUACCUGGCAAGACGUCCUGAAGCAGCCUCCACGAAUACGUGACAUAGCCAAAGACGUGUUCCGCAUGUUUUUUGCUGAAGCAAACCUAGAUCUCGACGAAAGCGUUUUCCUACAGCUCACAGUGCUAGAAUUAAAGGUAGUACAACUUAAUAGGCUUGUCUUUGUGAAAAUUUUUUGUCGAACCACUAUGAUUUAGAGUUAGUACAGAUUUAUUCAUACUAGUAUACCGAUGAAGUGAUGAUCGAUGGUGGUUGGCCUUUACGAAUUAUGCAGCUCUCCUCAUCCUCUGAGUCAAUAAAUGCAUUACUCUUGUAUCACUCUUGUUCUUUUAUUUUUCUUAGGCAUUUUUCGGCGAGCUGCGUACGAUGUGGCACCGGAAUUUCAAUGGAGCGGAGCAGCGGAAACUGCGAAAUACGGAGUUCGCCUUCCUGACUGGAUAUCCUCCAGCUCGCAGCCAGCAAGACACGCAGCUUGGCUGGCAGUUUUUUGUUUUGAAUGAGAUUGGGCUCUGCUUCCGGACGAACGAGAAGGCGUUCGCAGAAGACACAGAGUUUCAGCUUUUGAAAAAACGUUGCAUGUAUCUUGUGACCGCAGCUCUGCUGCAGGUCUCCCCGGCUGUCCGCGAUCGCUAUUCGGAAGGAAUCUACGUCGACGAAACGCAGCCGGCACCGCGGAGCCUCAGCCGUUCCGGAGUUUCCGCUGUUUCGCAGAACGCGGAUGGAGGUGAGGUGUCCACUCGCAGCCAAGCUGGUGCAGGAGCAGCAUCGGACCACCAUGAAACGGAAGCGGCUGGAGGAACGACGUCGGUUGAAGCAUUUAGUAUAGCGGGGGACCACGUGACAACUCAUAUUCUUGACAUGGAGAACGAGGAAAACACAUCAGAGGAACAAGAAGCAUUAUGGUGAAACAUGUUUUCUGCAUUCUGGUGUCAACAUAGUUUUUAUCUUUUAGCGUGAAGGAUGAGUGAAAAUAUAUAUUUUUAGUGCCGUUUCACUCAGUUCGUUAUUGUCAUGUUCUAAUAUCGGAUACAGCAGCUGCUGAAGCUCUUAGGCUUUAGGUCGAUGUCACGUCGCUCGGCGGCGGAACAGCGAGCUCGCUGGAAGAACAGUGAGAUUUACAAAAGUGUGUGAAGAAGCCCUGGUAGCUGUAAGUGGCCAGUAGUGAACAACUCUGAUUCAAAAUAUCGCCGACUUAUUAGUAGCAGAAGUACUGACGACUUAGUAGUAGAGGUUGGCAAAAAUUUGCCGCACGAGCACAUCACCAGCAGAGGUUGUUCCCUCUUUAGUCCCGCCUGAAGCCGAUGACCAUUGAUGCUCCUUGUUUUCUUAUGCGGCUUCUGGUUGUGAAAGUUCGCGUCAGAACAGAUUGAAUGAGGAAGAACGGCCUGACGAGAAGAAACAUCUGGGCGGAAAACAAGCGGUUACCCUGAUUUCCAAUAAUAAGGAGCAUUUUCCGCACUCGGAGAUUGGCAUGUACAGUCCGUCGCGAGCAAUGAAGAUGAUGAUACCUAAGAUAUGUGUACUACUCAUAAGAAAAAGAAUCAUUUUCUCUAGUACUAGAACUACAAGCACAUUUUGAAAAAGAUUUGAGGCCCGUCAUAGAAAUACGUAAAUGGAGAGAGAAGCAGGAGUAGCUCUAUAUCUAUGGAAUAAACGUGUUUGAUUAAUUUUUGACCAUACCAUUAUGUACCAACAACAAAGGCGAAAAUUAGAUGCCUACACGUGUUUCACUUACAACCAAUGAUAUCCCUUGCUAGACCUUGAUCCCUACCGUUUUGCCCUGUACCCAUGUACUGCGUAGUUGAAUUUAAUGAAAAAUAGAUGAAAUAUUUCAAUUUCUUAGAUCCCCUUUAUCGACUGAUUACUUAGUACUUCAUGUUUUUACUUACACAUAUUUGUAAUGGCAAAUGAAAAUGGGGUGAGAUGACUUCUUUCUCGUUGUGUAAAAUUAUGAUGUUUUGAGCAUGUUGGUCAUCUGAAAAUGAGUAUUGAUUCCUUGGGGCUGUUGCGACUCUCAUCGAUGUGAAACUUGAGAUUUCAUAGAAAUAUUCCCAUUUAAUCGUCCCGAUGACGAUCUUAAACCGGAUAGAUUUGUCUGUUUUGCUAGGCACUGAGUUUGUGUAUUUUUCGGGCUUUUGUGUGUUGAAUGCUUUGUCUUUGAUUGUGGAAGGACAAGAAUACACAGGCUUGUUUACGAACAGUCUUCAGAGCUCGAGGAUUAGCGUUGAUCGGGCACAGGAUUAAGAUAGAGGGCUUUGCAAAAUGAGCAACUUCUGAAAGAAGUUUAGCGACGUCGGUGGAGCUUGUGUUAUCAAGUUAAAAGUCGCUCAGGCGUCAAAAGAUACCUCCAGAACAGGUAAAUGAAUGAAUGAACGGACUCAACAUGAAAAAGCAACGACCUCUUUUGUAGUCUUCCCAGCCCCUUCAGCUGUCCCCUG